GCCAGCGCCUCUCACUCUGAUCUGUCAGCCCAGCCGAGGGAAAAGGGGGGAAGGAGAAAAAAAAAAAGCAGCUGAAAGACAAUCUGCUUCAUCUUGAUUCUGCAGCAUUCCAAACUGUGGUAUCCUUGGGGUUCUCUUAACAUUGCUAUGGUGCAGAAGAUUUAAAAUCAGCUGAUGUUCACAAGGAAUAGAGUCACGUGAUGUAUGAAGGGAAACAUAUACACUUCUCUGAGGUUGACAAUAAGCCCUUGUGCUCAUAUAGCCCCAAACUGUGCAAGCAGCGGCGACUCAACGGCUACGCUUUCUGUAUCAGACACGUUCUGGAGGACAAGACUGCCCCCUUCAAGCAAUGUGAAUAUGUGGCCAAGUAUAACAGCCAACGCUGCACCAACCCCAUCCCCAAAUCAGAGGAUCGCAGGUACUGCAACAGCCACUUGCAGGUACUUGGCUUUAUCCCGAAAAAAGAGAGGAAGAAAAAGAAUGAUCCUAUAGAUGAGGUGAAGGUCAGGCACCAGAUGGAUACCAUGGCCUUUAGCCUGGCGGUGCCCACGGUGGCCUUGAAGAUGCCCAACGGACUGGAUGGAAUGUCCCUCUCUCCACCUGGGGCAAGGGUCCCUCUCCACUACCUGGAAACUGAAUUGGAAGACCCGUUUGCUUUCAACGAGGAAGACGAUGACCUAAAGAAAGGGGCAACUGUGAGAAAGAAGUUGCAGAGCAAAUUGGCCCAGAAUCGGCAGCGCCAGAGAGAGACAGAGAUUUUAAAAGUUCGACAAGAGCACUUUAGUCCCCCUCCUGCACCUUCACAGCCGCAGCCUCCGCAGCAGCACUCCCACCUGUCACCUUUAUCCACUUCUUUAAAACCUCCAGCGCCACCGCAGGGUUCAGUCUGCAAGUCACCUCAACCUCAGAACACCAGCCUACCAAUGCAGGGAGUGGCACCCACCACACACACUAUAGCACAAGCAAGGCAGCUGUCUCACAAGAGGCCGCUGCCCCUCCUGCCAUCCAGUAGGGCUCCUGUCGCGGACCCACCCAGGACUGACCGGGUCCUUAUGAAAGCCACAGCCUUCUCUCCACACUUCUCUUGUAUAAGUCGACUGCAGAGACUGGUGAAACUGUGCACCCAAAAACAUCAGCUGGACACUGAUCUGUUUCCCCAUUUAGGGUUGGACUGGUCUGAAGAAAGUGGAGAGGAACUGGAGGAUUCAGAGCAGGCCUCACCAUACCAGGUUGCAUGGUCCAUCCGAGAAACCCUCAGAUAUGAAAGACACACGUCAGAUGACGAUGAUACAGAGAGUAGGAGCUCCAGGGUGACCCAACUUUGCACUUACUUUCAGCAGAAAUAUAAGCACCUCUGCCGCCUGGAGCGGGCAGAAUCUCGUCAAAAGAAAUGCCGGCACACAUUUAGGAAAGCUUUGCUGCAGGCGGCCAGUAAAGAACCAGAAUGUACUGGUCAGUUGAUACAAGAACUGAGGAGAGCUGCAUGCAGUCGAACCAGCAUAAGCCGGACCAAGUUGAGGGAGAUGGAUCCAGUAGCAUGCAGUGGAACUGUGAAGGGUGAACAGUGCACUAACAAAGCCCUUCCAUUCACCAGACAUUGUUUCCAACGUAUCCUUUUAACUCAAUUGAACAUCUCUUUCUCAAGCUGCACAGGCCAGGUUUGAGAUGGACAGCAGUGCUCGUGCCAGUUUGCAUUAACACCAGAACACCUCUGUGUGAAAACCAGCCAAAAAAAGGAUAAUUUCUUGAGAGGAGAUAACUCCCGUAAAGUUCAGCACCAGCAGCAGAGGAAACCCAGGAAAAAAACCAAGCCUCCUGCACUUACCAAAAAACACAAGAAGAAGAGAAGGCGUGGACCUCGUCGACCCCAAAAACCCAUUCCCCCUGCCGUGCCCCAAGGGAACCUCAGCAUGCCCACCAGCGUCUCACUGCCUGUGGAGACCUCUCAGAUCCGGAGCCCGUCCACGCCAGAGCUGAGUGCUGAUGAGUUGCCGGAUGACAUUGCCAAUGAGAUCACUGACAUUCCACAUGACUUGGAAUUGAACCAGGAGGACUUCUCAGAUGUCCUGCCACGGCUGCCUGAUGACUUACAAGAUUUUGAUUUUUUUGAAGGGAAGAACGGAGACCUCCUCCCAACGACCGAAGAGGCCGAGGAGCUUGAACGGGCCUUGCAGGCGGUAACUUCUCUCGAGUGCCUGAGUACCAUUGGGGUCCUUGCCCAGUCAGAUGGUGUGCCAGUCCAGGAGUUGUCAGAUAGAGGAAUAGGGGUGUUCUCCACAGGUACUGGAGCUUCAGGAAUCCAGUCCCUGAGCCGAGAAGUAAACACAGACCUAGGGGAGCUAUUGAAUGGGCGUAUAGUACACGAUAAUUUUUCUAGUCUAGAGCUGGAUGAGAACCUGCUCCGUUCUGCUACUUUGUCUAACCCACCUACACCCCUGGCAGGGCAGAUCCAGGGGCAGUUCUCUGCCCCAGCCAACGUUGGCCUUACUUCUGCCACUCUGAUCAGCCAGAGUGCACUUGGGGAGAGAGCCUUCCCAGGACAGUUCCAUGGACUUCAUGACGGCAGCCAUGCCUCCCAGAGGCCACAUCCUGCCCAGCUGCUGAGCAAGGCAGAAGACCUAAUCACCUCACGACAGCAAUACAGCAGUGAUCAUUCACACUCCUCGCCCCAUGGAAGCCAUUAUGAUAGUGAGCACGUGCCGUCUCCCUACAGUGACCAUAUCACCUCUCCCCAUGCAACAUCCUACUCUGGUGAUAAUAUGGCAGCUACCUUUUCAGCAGAGAUGCCCAUCAUGGCGCAGCACUUGCUCCCAACCCAACUCGAGGUGCCACUUGGAGGAGUGGUAAACCCCAGAACUCACUGGGGUAAUCUCCCUGUCAGCCUUGGAGAUCCCUCCCCAUUUAGCAACCUUCUUGGCGCAGAUGGACAUCUUCUUUCCACUUCCCUAUCCACGCCACCCACCACUUCGAACUCAGAGACCACACAGCCUGCCUUCGCCACCGUGACCCCCAGCAGCUCCAGUGUGCUUCCGGGGUUACCGCAGACCAGCUUCAGUGGCAUGGGGCCUUCUGCUGAACUAAUGGCCUCCACCUCUCCCAAGCAGCAACUCCCUCAGUUCAGCGCAGCCUUCGGCCACCAGCUGAGUUCUCACAGUGGCAUUCCUAAGGACCUGCAGCCCAGCCACAGCUCGAUAGCCCCUCCUACAGGCUUCACAGUAACAGGUGCCACAGCUACAAGUACCAAUAAUGCAUCUUCUCCCUUUCCCUCCCCUAAUUGAGUGCGUCUGUAUGUUUGCAGGCAGGUGGGGAACCUGGUGUUUUCUAUCUUUGUUUCCUCUUUAGCACCCUUCUCCUCUUUUCCUAAAGAAGAUUUUAAAAAUAACAGAUGGGGAUUCGAGGGGCACCCCGUUCCCAGUUCAACAAGUGGCCCUGCAGUGGACCUUGCUUCAGUGUUCACAUGCGCUCCUCAGCACUGGUGCUCAUUCCCUCCUGGCAGGUCUACUUGGCCCCAGUGGUUUCCCUAGUGGUUCAGCACAGUGACUGGAUAGGAUGGAUUUUUAGCAGCAAGUCCUAGAAGUGGAAGAUACCUCAGAUUACCAGUGCCCUUUACUAUAUCCUAGUAUUCAGAUCAAUGCUUUCCAUUCUUUUGCCAGGUUUUUACAUAAGUGGUUCUAGAUAGAAUGAAUCCUAUUAACUGAGUUCCAGUGUAAGAGACAGCAAAUGGUGUGUGGCAGGUGGAGGCUCUGACAUAGCACCAACUGCUAAGUGUCACAGUGAGGCCAGGAUUCCAUUCCUAAUUGUGAUCAUGUUUAACUAAAAGAAAAAAAUUUGUCUUUUGACUGCCUGUGAGUAUGCGUGUGCUCAUGUGUGUGUUUUUGUGCAGUGCAGGAAGCAACUGUCCCAUUGUUUUUUGGUUUUUUUUUUCCUCCCUGUUAUGAAUAUCAGGCUCUUAACUUUUCUCCUUUUCAACAUCUCACAACCCUAAUAAGAUUGGCCGUUCUUUUCCACUGAGUUAACUAAAGUUUCCUGAAUAGGGAGGGUGGUGGUCUGGUUGUGUGAAUAGCACAACCUUUUUCUACUAAAAGUUACCCCAAGAAGAAACAGAAUACAAAAAGGUGAAUUCGCAUCAGUGACCUGGGGAUGUCAUGAAAAGCUUGUCCAGAGAGACUGCAGGGUUGUCGAGGUUCUGGGGCCUGACGGUCACUUCCUUUUCAGACAUACGUUUGUUUCUAAGUCCCUCUCUCAUGGAACACAUUUGCAAGAUGUAAUUAAAGAAAAUGUAUUGAUGUGAAAAAGCAGGAUAGGUCAGAUAGAUUUGAAAAGAUGGGAUCUGUGAACUCCUUGAUCCAUCUUUUGCUUUUGAAUUUUUCAUGUUUACAGUAGUGAUUCUUUGGUAAGAUUUGUAAAAUGUUGAAGACACUUGUAGAAUCAGUGUACCAGUUGUGAAGUGAUGUGUAAUAUCUGAAGGAUACACAUUUUAAAGUUUCUUUCAAAGCAGAAUAUGGAAAUCAGACAUAAAUUUUAUCCACCCUUUGGUACUUUUAAAAUAAUUUAAGUACUUAGAUUUAAGUAAAUUUGGAAAUAGUUUUGGGAAAUUUUUUUAAAAUACCAAGAUGUUAGGGUUAAAAGUCAUAUUGGGUAGUUUAGUAAGUUGGUGACUAUAAAAUGAAUAUGUGGGGUUUCUUCUUGCCUGCCUUUUUUUCCCCACUCUCCCCAGAAGGGUAGAAACUAGAUUUUAAAGGCAUUUCUGCUCUGCUUUUGCUGAAAGUUUCACUGUCCCUUAAGAUACCAUUGGCUAUUUAUACCUGAGUCUAGUCUAAUUUACAUAUAUAUAUUUUAAAGGUUAAGUAGAGAGAACAUAUCUAUUAAUGAUGUGGUUCAAUAAUUCAUUUGUCAGGGAAUAUUUGAUCUUAAUUCCUUUCUUAAUAGGUAAAGAUCUGGAUGUAUUUUCCUACUUCUUCCUAUGAGUAAUCUCUUUAUGCCAUGCUAGUUCUAACCAGUCCCUUCUUUUGAAAGCUUUUCUUUCUCUGCUUUUUAAAGGAAUGAUGGUGAUCAGCAGGCAUUAUGCAGAUACCACGUGCCUGAGAUUGUGGAGGGGAAAUGUCACAUGACUGUAUGAAAUCAUUAUAUGCCCUAUUUUGUAUUUAUUGAAGUUUCUUUUUGUGGGCCAAAAAUAUGUUUGUAAUAUAUUUAGUUUCUUUUUUAAAAUCAU